CUGUGUAGCCUUGGCUGUCCUGGACUUGCUUUGUAGACCAGGCUGGCCUUGAACACUCUGCCUGCCUCUGCCUCCCUGAGUGCUGAGAUUACAAGUGUGCACCACUGUGCCCGGCUCAUUUAUUUAUCUUUGUGUGUGAGCACAGAGUACAUAUGGAAGUCAGAGGACAGCUUUUGGGAGCUGGUUUUCUCCUUUCAUCCUGUGGGUCCAAAGUACCAAGCUCAGACAGUUUGAACGUGCUUGAUGACUUUUUCAAAGGGAAAUUCAACUCAGGAGUUGGAAAAGUGGCAAGCACAAGAGGAGAAAUGCAGAGUGGCUAGAUGAAGGUCAGGCCACACGGCUCCUACCUCAGCAGUCAGACUGAUGAGGCCAAUGUAGUUCAUGGCCUCCCAGAGCCCACGAGAAUAGAAGCAACCAGUGGGCUGGAUGAGAGAAAGGCUUUUCCUGUCCUGAGUUAUAGGCAAUAAGACAACUGGUUUCUAUUAUCGAAGGAAGGACAGGGCCUCCAGAUUGAGGAAGGAGUUAUCCAGGGGAGCAGAGCACAGAACCCAACAAGAAGGGAAGAAGGGCAUGGUUCCAGGCUCCCAAGAGAGCAGUUAAGGCUCAGAGCACACUCCUGCCUGACCUCCCCCACCUCCCCCUCCCUGUCACUCCCAUGAGUGGCACCUUACUCCUUCAACAUCCCUCGCCAGCACACCCACCACCCAGAACCCCAGCACUGUCCAACCGAAGCUUCAGACCCCUUCCUCCAAACCAGACCCUUCCUUUUUUCUCUUCUUCCUCCCUCCUUCAGUCCUGUUGCCUGUGGCCUUGCUUCAGGCUUAUCCCUGAAGUCAUCUCUGACCAUGUGGCUUUCUCCUCUCCCUCACGCUCUCUCUAUUCUAUAUAUACUAGGUUCUGGCAAAGUACUAACUCUAACCUGGUCCUUAUUGUCUCUCUGUCUCAGCCUCUGGACACACCGUGGACCUGUCUCUUCCUGCCAGAAUGCCCUUGUUGGCUUCUUGGCAGCUGCUGCUUCUCCUCUUUGUCACCACCUUUGGGGAGCCGUUGGUAAAGGUGGCACCUGUGGUGAAGCCUGGACCCACAGGCCGGCGGCCCGGCGGACUGCAGGAACUCGUCAAUGCCUGGGAAAAGGGCCCGCGGUGUGCAGAGAGGAAGCCUGGGGCUGCAGGGCCGCGCGCUCGCAGGGCAUCGCCGUGCCCGCCCGUCGAGAGCUCCUCGGGGCGCCAGCGGCCCCUGUGCGCCGCCGGGAGUCGCCUGAUUCCCGCGCCCCGCGGAGCGGUGCUGGUGCAGCGCGAGAAAGACCUGUCAGCCUACAACUGGAACUCCUUCGGCCUGCGCUACGGCAGGCGGCAGGCGGCGCGGGCUGCACCGGCGGCGCGGGGCUGAGUGCCGGCGGACAGCAGCCCAGCCUGCAGCAUCCGGGCCAGCGCAGGGGGCUUCCGGAUUGGGGCAAUAAAAGCAACGCUGCAGUCUCACCGCGUGUGAUUCUUCCCCUG